CAGUCGACAGAUCACCAUCAUCUGCUGAUGGCCGCUUCGCUAGACUCGGAAAUCCACGACGAGAUCUCUCGUCUAUCGCUGAAUGACGAUCUACUCGACGAUCAAGUGGAGAAUGCCGUUCGGCAGUUAGAGGAUCCCUUGCAAGCGCUCUCAUUUCCAACAAUUCGUAUCUCAAGGAUGCGCUACAGAGAUCAUCGGAAACCCGCUCAUUCAAAGAAGUUCGGCGUCUGGCUGAACGAUCGAAUUAGGGAGGAACGCCAGGCCCAACUCGAAGCUUUUUUCCGUAGGAAUUUUCGCGGCGAUAGUGUUACCGCCUUUCUACAAGCACUCGAUUCUUACGGCGAGAUGUACAAUAGCGAUUUUCAUUAUGGACGCAGCAUUCCCAUAUUGCAGUCGAGCGGAACGGGGAAAUCACGCCUUGUGGCAGAGGUGCUAAAAAGGGUAUAUCGCAAUCAACCGAUCACUCUAGUCAAGCUCUGUACUGAUUUAUGCUCCAGACGCCUGGCCGGCUGGCCCCCACGAGAUGAGGCCAUGUGUCGAUUCGUGCAAUCGACCGAUUAUUUAGGGGAAGAAAUGGCUGCCGCCCUCCUUGGGGCACUUUUCAAAGAGAUACACAAACGCCUUGAUCACAAUCCAAAACACGGUCCUGAGAUGCAAAUGACUAACUG